AUGGACUAUUCGUACCUUAACCAAGCUAGCUUCGAUUCGUCAUGCCUUCAAGGUACUACCAUGGAUCCUACCGGCUUGACAAACAUGCCAUGUUCUUAUGGGGAUCUGACUUCUUGCAGUCAGAUGUCUCAAGCAGCAUACAGGUAUACCGCUGCCGCCGCUUCCAUGGCCAGGUCUUACAAUCCUGGUUCUGGGGGGCCCAUGGGGGUACACCAUCCUGUUACUGCUGGGUCACAAUGUGCUGUUAUGGGGUCGCGAUCCCACGUGCAAGAUGUACAUAGAGCGGCGAUGUUUCCGUCGUCAAUGAACCUGCAAAGCGGUCUUCCUUACAAAGUUUAUCCUGGCCAUGAUGGAGUCCUUACGGAAAAGAGGAAACAAAGAAGAAUCCGAACCACGUUCACGUCCGCCCAACUAAAAGAAUUGGAAAGAGCUUUUCAAGAAACACACUAUCCUGAUAUUUAUACUAGAGAAGAAAUAGCAAUGAAAAUAGAUUUAACAGAAGCUAGGGUACAGAUAUAA